AUGGUGUUUGCAUCAUCGGUCAAAAUAAUUUUAACCUAUUUACUUUGUUUAAACAUUACUCUGUGUAUUAUAGCACUGGCAAAAGAUGGUAGAGUAACAGCACAACAUAAAAAUAUUGCGGAGAAAAUUUAUAUUUCAUCUAGUUUAGUUGGUCUAAUGUUAUUAUUCGCUGCACUAAUUCUCUUCAUGCUAUCGAUAUUGACAUCAUAUAAGAAGAAGUCUAUAUUAUUAGUGAUUGUAACAAUAUGCACUGUAUUAUCAGUUUUUAGCUUCCUUAUGUCAUUUGUUGUUCAUUAUUCACAAUGGAAUAGCGAUUUUAGUCAAUAUUCAAUAUCUGCUAUGAAUCCAGCUGCAUGGUAUUUCACAUUAUUUUGGUUAUGCAUCGUUGCAUUUGCCUUAUGCGUUAUAAUAACAUGUGAAGAACAAUUAUCAGAAUGA